UUCCACCCAUUUCUUUCUUCUUUCAUCUCUCUUACCCUAAACAGGCUGACACAUUCUCAGUCACUCUUUUCUGAGCCAAUUUUCCCCCGUUGAUCUCUUGAACCUAUUCUAGGGCAUUGAAUCUCCUCUUCUUUUUCGUAUGAUCUCGCCUUUGCAAUGCACAGCAUUUGCCCUUGCACUCGAAUCGUUCUCCGUAUUUCAUCUAUAUAAAUAGUGAAACUCUCAGCAAGAAAAAAAAAAUCAAGUUGAUUCGGUAAGUUUGGCCUCAGCCUGAGAAUACUUGGUCCGCGUCUGUGAAAAAGUUCGGCAAAGAUGAGCUCUCUGCAUGUAUUCCUGAACAGCUCGGUUACUCCAUCAGUCGAUCUUCCACGCUUGUUCAAGCUAGACAAAGGACGAUCUUCUUCUACUCGGUGUCUUCGAAUCUCGGCUUGUCUUAAUCUGGACGUGCAGAUAUCGUCUUCUGCGAGCUCGAAGAGUUCUUCUGGGAAAUUAGGGUUUAGGGAGAGUAAGGAGGUUAUGGAAAUGGAAGGGAGUCUUUUUGUUGGAACUUAUGCUAGAGUUCCGAUUGUUCUAGCGAGUGGCAAGGGAUGUAAAUUGCAUGAUGUUGAAGGGCGGGAGUAUUUGGAUAUGACUUCUGGGAUAGCGGUUAACGCUCUUGGCCAUGGAGACCCGGAUUGGGUAAAGACAAUUACUGAGCAGGCAAACAUUCUCACUCACGUCAGUAAUGUCUACUAUUCCAUCCCUCAGGUGGAGCUAGCACAACGACUGGUGGAAUGUUCUUUUGCCGAUCGUGUCUUUUUCUCAAAUUCAGGAACAGAGGCAAAUGAAGCAGCUAUUAAAUUUGCUAGGAAGUUUCAAAGGUUUUUGAACCCUGAUGAGAAACAGCCAGCUGUGGAGUUUAUUUCUUUCUCCAAUAGUUUCCACGGGAGAACAAUGGGUGCUCUUGCUUUGACAAGUAAAGAGCAUUACAGAUUGCCUUUUGAACCUGUCAUGCCUGGUGUCACUUUCCUAGAAUAUGGGAACAUACAAGCCACAAAAGAAGUGAUCCAGCGUGGAAAAACAGCUGCUGUUUUUGUGGAACCUAUCCAGGGUGAAGGGGGUAUAUACAGUGCUACAAAGGAAUUCCUGCAGUCACUGCGUAGUGCUUGUGAUGAUGCUGGAGCUCUCCUGGUCUUUGAUGAGGUUCAAUGUGGAUUAGGCCGAACUGGGUACCUCUGGGCCUAUGAGGCAUAUGGAGUAACCCCAGACAUAAUGACGCUUGCAAAGCCUCUUGCUGGAGGUCUACCAAUUGGUGCUGUCUUGGUGACAGAUAGAGUAGCUGCUGCCAUAAAAUCCGGUGACCAUGGAAGCACUUUUGCUGGUGGCCCCCUUGUCUGCAAAGCUGCCCUCACAGUAUUGGAAAAAAUUAGGAAUCCUGAGUUCUUGGCUACUGUCUCUAAAAAGGGCCAGUCCUUUAAGAAGUUGUUAUCUGAGAAGCUAGGGAAAAACCCCCAUGUGAAAGAAGUACGUGGGCUUGGACUCAUUAUUGGGAUUGAACUAGAUAUUCCAGCUUCGCCACUCGUAGAUGCAUGCCGAGAUUCAGGCCUUCUUAUCUUGACUGCUGGAAAAGGAAACGUAGCAAGGCUUGUGCCACCACUAGUUAUAUCUGAGCAAGAAUUAGAACAUGCAGCUGAGAUUCUGUUGAAGUGCUUGCCUGUUCUUGAUUCAAACUAGCAAUGAGAGAUCAGUAGUAGCAUGUAAAUGUUGUAACUUCUCGUAUUUACACCAAAAUGGAUUUAUGUUUAGUGAAGCACUUAAUUACAUUUAACCAUUUAUGAUUUAUUAUAAAUGGUGGUUGUUUAGCUUGAAAAUAUUGGAAGUUGUGCCAUUAGAUC